UCACUGCACAGUGUGGUUUGGACCGAGCAUAAAAGGCUCGUGGGCCUAGAGCUCUUUUGGCUCUGAGGUCUCUGUUCUGUUUCCUGUGGAGUCUGGUCUUCCGCGUGUCCAGCUCGCGUCCACGCAGUCAUGGCCUCCGGCGACGCGCAGAUCGGAAAGCCGGCCCCUGACUUCACGGCCACCGCGGUGGUGGAUGGCGCCUUCAAGGAAAUCAAGCUUUCUGACUACAGAGGGAAGUACGUGGUCCUCUUUUUCUAUCCCCUGGACUUCACUUUCGUGUGCCCCACGGAGAUCAUCGCUUUUAGCAACCAUGCCGAGGACUUCCGAAAGCUGGGCUGCGAGGUGCUCGGGGUGUCUGUGGACUCGCAGUUCACCCACCUGGCGUGGAUCAACACCCCACGGAAGGAGGGAGGCCUGGGCCCCCUGAACAUCCCCCUGCUUGCUGAUGUGACAAAAAGCUUGUCCCAGAAUUACGGCGUUUUGAAAAAUGAUGAGGGCAUUGCUUACAGGGGCCUCUUUAUCAUCGAUGCCAAGGGUAUCCUUCGCCAGAUCACAAUCAAUGACCUCCCUGUGGGACGAUCUGUGGAUGAGGCUCUCCGCCUAGUCCAGGCCUUUCAGUACACAGAUGAGCAUGGGGAAGUCUGUCCUGCUGGCUGGAAGCCCGGCAGUGACACCAUCAAGCCCAAUGUGGAUGACAGCAAGGAAUACUUCUCCAAGCACAACUGAGACGGCGAAACGCCUGUGAGCCUCAAGUCUUGGCUCUCGCCUGUGCCCCUGCCUGGAUCUCCUGUGCUGGCCCGGAAAAGGCCAGGCCUUCCUCCACACACUGUGAAGGGGCUGGAGGCCGGGCCAAGGCUAGCUCAUUACCCACCCACCCCUGCCCUGAGCCCACCCAGCUGUGUGCAGGUCCAGGGAAACCAAUAAAGUAUUAGGGACAGUGUAA